GCAGCUCUGACGGUCAGGUGACUGGUGACGUCAGACCAGGAAGUGGGGAGCUGCUGCUGCUGACACUCUUCAUCUCUGCCACAGACGAACAUGACUUCCAUCAUUAAAGAAACACGAAGCAUAAAAGAAGCGGUGACUUUCAUCAACGCGAUUGAUGUGAACAAGUUCUCCAGGCUGAUCUCUCGCAUCAUACAGAAGCUCCAUCUGAAGGGAGAGAAGACGUUCAGUGAAGAGGAGGAGCAAAAACUUCAGGCUGCUCUCUCAUUGGAUAAACAGGCUCUCAAUCUCGUCCUGGAAACCGCUGCCUUCAUACUCGAGCAGGCUGUGUAUCAUAACGUAAAGCCGGCCUCUCUGCAGCAGCAGCUGGAGGCCGUUCAUCUGAACCCAGACAAGGCCGAGGUCUUCUCUCAAACCUGGGCCACCGCUGGACCCGAGCUAGUGGAGAAGCUAAAGCUAAACAUCUUUGCCCCAAAGAAGCUGGAGUUUGUAGGAUGGCAGUUAAACCUGCAGAUGGCCCAGUCCAGCCAAGCCAAACUGAAAUCUCCCAGUGCCGUCCUCCAACUGGGGCUCCGCAAGGAAGACUCCGAGGUUCAGGAGAAUGUCUUUGUUGAGUUUAACCACCAGGAGCUGCUUGAAUUCUACAACAAGCUUGAAAUCGUACAAGGACAGUUGGAUUCUUUGACUUGAUGCCUGCUGCUCUUUGUAGGACACCCGCUUUCCAAACACACACACACACACACACACACACACACACACACACACACACACACACACACACACACACACACACACACACACACACACACACACACACACACACACACACACAGAGGUUGUUAGUGUUGUUGCUGACAGCGAUGCCAGCUGUUUGAAGCCUAGAGAUUUCAGUAUUGCUCUAAUUUAUUAGAGAGAAUGUCAAAAUGGGUAGACAGGAGUCUCUUUCCCCUUUGAGCUCCAUUCAAUCCAGGUCUGUGUUCAAAUGUUUUUGAAAUGUAAUGUCUUCGUCAAGGAGAUGUUGGGGAAACGAUUUGUCUGCACCCUGCCAUAAGUAACAAAAUGAUUAAUUGUUCUAUAAAUUAGUUGUAUGAAGUUAAAGUGUGCCAAUAGUCAGCGAUGUAAAAAAAAAAAAACUGGUGUGAAAGACUUGAAACAUAAAUGAAUUUUGUAACUCUGUGAAUAACAUUCUAAUAAAAUCUGAAUUGGAGAUGAAAUCCAUCCAAGCUG